AUGAUAAGAGCCCCAACUUCAGAUCUGAAUGAGAAAGUGAACUCUGCAGUGGUGCUCCCGUUCUCCCGGAGUCAGGACCAGAUUCCACACGAUGCACAACAUCCCUCAGCAUCCCCCACCCCGUACCCAGGCUUCUCACCUCUUCCCCCUCCCACCCCGGCUCUGCUCACACUGGCCCCUUGCUGGUCCCCCCGCCUGGAGCUCUUCUCCCAGGUGUCUGCUUGGCUGGCUCGCCCACUUGUCCCCAGGAUUGGUUCAUUGUCCCCAUUGCCCAUGUCUCCCCGAGGCCUGCCCUGCUCCCCUUCACGCUGCAGAGGCGCCCCCCCGCCGCGCCGCCACCCCGAGCUGGGCAAUCCCCUUUCCUGUGGCGCUUGCCUCCUUCUCGCCGACUCCGUGUGUCCCCUGCCACCCCCCCACCCCCGCCUGCUCCAGAAUCAGCCCCUGGAGGACAGGGGCCUUUGCCUGUUUGGUCGCCUGACCCCUGGAGGCCCUGAGCAAAUAUUUGUCAGAUGUCCUCACGGGCUCCAGAGGCAGCCCCGCACUCAGACCGGCGCUCAGAGCUUGGAGGGGCCCAAGGAGCCCCUCCCAGUGUCUCAACUAUGA